UAACAAGGCUACAAAUGUUAAUAGUCAAUACAAAUCUUAUGACUAUCACAACACAUACAAUUACACCAUAAAACCCGAUUAACAGUAGUCGUUUGCCCUAAACAUAAACUUAUAUAACACCAAUGACUAGAAACCCUACUUAUUUCAUCGUUUAUCUCUCCUCUCCGUCUUUCUCUCAUUCUCAAAAACCGAUCAUGACUAACAAUGGAGGGGUUCCUUCCAGAUGCUGGUGUGGGAAGGGGAUUGUCACAUAUGUUUCAAAAACGGAGGAGAAUCCAUACAGAAGAUUCUUCCGAUGUGAGAUUGGUCUGAAGAGAAAGAAAGAGCAACAUCUUUUCAAGUGGGUGGACGAGGCUCUGCUUGAUGAGAUACAAAUGAUGCAUGAGCAACAGUCGAGAAUGGCCGAAGAAAUUGAAGAUUUGAGAAGUUCCUUGAAAAUGACAGUAGAGGAAGCAGUUAUCGAGCAUAAGAAGUCGGGAGAUGUAGGACUAAUUGGAUCCAUUCUCACGUUUUUAUGUCUUUGUUCUAAAUUUGAUUGAUCUUCUAAUUGUUUUCUGAAUAUAUUUACUUUGUCAAAGAUUGAAUCAAUUUGAUAUUCAGUUGUGUUGU